CCCUGCAACGACCAAUUUCCCCUCACGCUUCACUGACUCCUCACUUAAUUAGCACAUCUUCCAAACUUCAAUGCCGCCACAAUAUUAGCACCUUUUUGGUUUCUUUGGGUAAAUUUACUUUCCCACCAUCCAGAGAGAUCGUGGAGAUGACGGUGUUCACCUCCACUAACGCAGCCGGCGGAUACAUGGCGGGAAAGCAAGUGUUUCCGGUGGAGUACGAAGCAGAGCCGCUCUCUCAGCGACUGGUCGACGCGGCUCACGCCAACGACUUGAAGUCGGCUUCGGAGUUAAUAUCUAACCCCUUCGUUGACGUUAAUCACAUGGGAACAGUUUUGUUGAAGGCUAGAAAAACCGAGGUGGUGUUGCAUGACGAGGAUGCCUGCGAAGUCAGCGUCGAGUUCGAGGAGUUUAAGACUGAGGUCACGGCGUUGUUCCUAGCAGCUCAUAACGGAAAUGUCGCACUCGUCCGAAAAUUACUGAAUUUCUUUAGCUCUUAUUCUCCUCCUUCAACGUGGAAUUUGCAUCAUAAGAUGAGUGCUGGAGCUGACGUGAAUCAAAAAAUGUUUCGAGGCUAUUCCACAACAGCAGCUGCAAGAGAGGGCCAUAUUGAGAUUUUGAAGAUGUUAAUUAGUGGGGGAGCAGCUCAAUCUGCAUGCGAAGAGGCUCUGUUGGAGGCAUGCUACCUGGGGCGGGCCAGAACAGCUGAGCUUCUCAUGGCCUCUGAUAUGGUCCGCCCACAUGUUGCUGUACACGCCCUUGUCACUGCAUCUUUUAGAGGGUUUAAAGACUUUGUGGACACACUUCUCAAGUGUGGUGUGGACUGUAAUGCCACAGCCAGGGUGCUGCUUCAAUCUUCCAAGCCAUCACUUCACGCCAAUUUUGACUGUAACUCUCUGGCUGCUGCCAUUCUUGGUAGGCAAAUUUCUGUUGUUCGGCUGCUGUUACAGGUUGGUGCCAGAACAGAUAUCAUGGUCAGGCUGGGAGCUUGGUCAUGGGACGCUGCCACUGGAGAACAGUUCCGAGUAGGUGCUGGUCUGGCUGAGCCUUACCAUGUAACGUGGUGUGCGGUGGAGUUCUUUGAAUCCAGCGGUGCCAUACUGAGGAUGCUCCUCCAGCACCUUUCUCCUAAUAUUCCCCACUUAGGGAGGACAAUCAUCCACCACGCGAUUCUCUGUGGAAAUGCCAGACCAGUUGAGGUGCUUUUAACCUGUGGUGCUGAUGCAGAAUUCCCUGUCAAAACUAAACAAACAGCGCACCGUCCCAUACAUAUGGCAUCAGAACAUGGGUUGGCUGGAGCUCUUCACCACCUUAUUAAUGCCGGCUGUGAUCUGAACUCUCUCACAGAAUCUGGCGAGACUGCACUGAUGAUUAGUGCCAGAUGUAAGCAAGAGGAGUGCCUAAAACUUCUUACUGCAGCUGGUGCAGACUUUGGUUUGUCCAACAUCGCUGGGCAGUGUGCCAAGUCAAUUGCUGGAUCAGUACGGUGGGCAUAUGGCUUCGAGCGAGCAGUUUUAGAUGUUAUUCGAGAUGGGAAGAAUGCUCGAUCUAGCAAUGCUGCAAUUUUUUCUUCCUUAAUAUUUGUUACCCAAGCAAAUGAUAUCGAGGCCUUGAAGAAACUUCUCAAGCAACCGGAGAUAAAUCUCGACGAACAAGAUGAAAAUGGAUUCUCAGCAGUCAUGGUUGUGGCGGCGGGUGGUAAUGUGGAGGCCUUUAGGUUGCUUGUUCAUGCUGGAGCUGAUGUAAAUUUGGCUAACAACUAUGGCGAAACCGCUAUUACUUUGGCUGAAAAACACCAGAACAGUGAUGCAUUUGAAAAAGUAAUGCUGAACUGCAUGCGUGCCAAGGGAGACAACAGCUACGGUGGAUCUUCAACUCUACACCGUGCGGCACAUAAUGGCGACCUCAAUCUGGUGCAAGCUUUGAUAAACGAAGGAUAUGACAUCAAUCUUUCUGAUUGCGAUGGAUACACCCCACUGAUGUUAGCUGCUAGGGCCGGAAACAAGAGCACGUGCGAGCUUUUGAUAUCUCGUGGUGGUAGAUGUGAUAUUAAGAAUGCAAAGCUUGAGACUGCACUCUCACUUGCCAGAGAAAACGGUGGUGGAAAAGAUGCUGAAGCUGUGAUACUGGAUGAACUAGCUCGAACGCUCGUGGUAGGAGGAGCUCGAGUGAAGAAGCACAUAAAGCAAGGCAAAGGAAGUCCCCAUGGCAAGGUACUAAAGAUGGUUGGAGCUACUGGUGAGCUGAGGUGGGGAAAAUCUAGGAAGAGAAAUGUGAUAUGCCGCGGGGCAGAGGUUGGUGCGAGCGCAACGUUCCGGUGGAACAGACGAAAGAAGCUCGAUGCCGAUGAGCCGGGAGUUUUCCGGGUAAAAACCACAAAGAACAAGGAAGUGCAUUUUGUGUGCGAGGGUGGACUUGAAAUGGCAGAGUUGUGGGUAAGGGGAAUUAGGCUUGUGACAAGGGAAGCUAUUUUUGGCAAAUAAAAAACCUCUGGUGAUUCAUAGCUGGGCCUGCACCCGUUCCAAUUUUUGGUUCAUGUACAUAGUAACUACCAUAACAGGAGAGAUGUUGCAUAAAAUCAUCGGGUAGUAGUAGUACCUAGUACCAAUGUUUUGCAAACCGGACCGGAUCGGCCGGUUCGACCGAUUGAACUGCGAACGGCCAUGGCAUCGGUCUGAUUCAAUACCAUAGUUGACUUUGUCAGAAAAUUGGUCAAGAAUCGGUCGAACCGUAAAAAUCGCGAUUGAACCGUUAUUGAACCGAUUUUCAACCUUCCU